AUGGCAAUUCCAGCAACCGGACUUUCAUCGCAGCCCUGCUGGCAUCAACUCCACUCAGUGAUUAACGAAUCUUAUCUCGGGAAAAACCACACAGUCUUCCCUCCAUCCUGGCCACGACUGGACUUCGAUACCACAAAAGGCGGCGAGGGCCUAUCAGACGAGCUCGGUCCAAGCGGCACCUUGAUAGUAAUAUUCAACGAUGAGAAUAGCCCCGUAGCCUGCGCCGGCGUUUGUCCUUCCAGAGGCAAGUUCGGCGUCAACGAAGCUUUCACAAAUAAAGGAGCAGACCUCACGAACGGCGAGAUGGUGACCGCCGAAGGCGACGCGCCCCCCGUACCGCCGCAGACUCCAGAUUGGGAGAUCUGCUGUUUCUGCGUCCACCCGUCGCAGCGAGGGCGCAGACUCGCACACCGACUGGUUGAUGAGCUUGUGGCGUUUGUGAAACUGAAAGGCACGAAUCGAUUGCUGACCAAAUACGUUGCCGACGAGACUGGAGAGUUCUGGCCUAAGCUGGGCUUCGAGGUGAUUCCUGGGUCCGGUGGCAUGUUGCCGAGAGGCUUCAACCCUGAGCGGGACCCGACGAAGGAAGGGCUGCUUAAGGAUGUUGAAAUCAGGAUGGGUGCAGAUCCCAAAUACAAGUCUAAUAUGUGUCGACACGCUUCAUUGCUUGGACGUAACAAGAACUGCCAGUUUCAAAUGGCUUUCUGGGCUUUCGAGGAUAGAACGAAGAGCAAGGUUUUCAACCGACAGUGGCACGCAACGGUCAUUGAUCCAAACGAGCGGCUGCGAUACCAACGUCAGACUGGCUUGUUCACGGCGUUGACGUCGAAGAGCGCAGCACCUAAGCACAUGGUCAAGACCGAAAGGAACUUCUGCCUGGUGACCCUGAUCUGGCUCGAAGUGUCUCUGUCGGACCAUCGCUAUGUCUGGGAGGAUAUCGUGCAUGCGCACGCAGCGACGUCAAUCUUCUUCCCAGGCGUGCAGACCUCUACAAAAGCGCCUGUAGGAGCGACGUGGAAGAGCUCAAUGGCUGAUAAUCAGGCACGGAGCCGCGAGUUGAAACCGUACCUGCGCGAGUUCAACAGCAACAUUACCUUGCCCAAGUAUGUACGGGAGCAAGUCGACGAGAAGUACAAGGCCAAAAAUGAAGCAGACCGCAUGAUAGCCGUUACAAAGCAGGAAGGCGAAGGAGAACGUCCAUCUUUGCUUUUCGACUUCAGAUCCAGUAGGGAUCUGUGGCCGUCGAGGCUCGACUUCAGCAAGAUCAGAGAUCCGUUCAGCGUCGACAUGCUCCACCUGUCGCGGCGGUAUCACGACCUUGUGGGACCGGACGCUCGCUUCGCGCUGCUCCGCAUCUGGAGCGAUGCCUAUUUCUACCCGCUCAUGCUGGGCUACGACAACCGCACGUCAACUUCCUUCAAGGACGCCGUGGGUCGAGCCUGGGAAUGGAAAUUCAUUCCCAAAGACAUGCCUGGCAGCGAGUGGAGCAUCCAGAAAAUCGUCGAGCUAAGGCUGGAACAAUGGGAGCACCAGUUCAAGCGGCAAGUCAUGGUGAAGCGGGAAAUGGUGCUUGUGAUGGCCAAAGACGAAGCGCAAUUGAGGAGGUAUGUGUUGGCUGUUGUGUUUGCUUUGCAGACGAAGCCUUGGAGACUGGAGGUGGACUUUUGA